AUGAGAUCCAAAAGCGCAGGCUGGGGAGAACAGACGUCGUCCCAUCAGAUCACACCAGAGGUCUUUGAUGAUGAAAAGCCUCUCUGGGCAUUUCCCGUAUGUGCUGUCAGCAACGUGGUUAUCGCCUCAUCAUCACAUUUGACAGAUCGCAGUGAAAGCAGAUCCUGUGCCGAUGACGACUAUGUCGCCGAUGAUGGCGAGGAUUGUAGAUCGAUUUUUACGACGAACAAAGGACUGAAAAGCCGCGUCGGUUAUGGCGAAAGACGAUCUCUUCAGAAGCCCGACGUUGCGAGCCGAACCCAGGUCAAGGUUGGCGGAUACUCUGGCAAUCAUCUCGAGACAAAGGGACAUCUCGACGCAGGCGCGGUUGAUCGGUCCCCUUCCGGUAGACUGCUUAUUCGAUGCAUAGAAGAGCGAUCAGCUGAUGAUAGCGACAGUAGCAAGUGCAGCAAGGUUUUCUCGCUCGGCUAA